CUGUGCUUGCUCUUCUGCCUUCGUCUCUCCCACUCUGAAAAAAACCGCUCUCUAAAACCCUAAUCAAAAUGUCUGUCGAAAAUCACCUACUGUUCGUACCCAGGUCGGUUCUUCACUCCUCCGUUCUGGGGUUCGAGGCAUUUGCCUGUUUUCUGCUCCUCACGGCGGUCUGCGCCUUCUGCCUCGCUCCCGGCGGUUUCGCCUGGGCUCUCUGCAAGGUACGAGCCUUCCGGGCGAUUCCGGGUCCAACUGGAUACCCGUUCAUUGGGUCGCUCACGGUUUUCACUGGGUUAACUCGUCACCGUGUGCUCGCCAAGUUGGCUAAGAGCUUCAAGGCCGAGUCUUUGAUGUCUUUCUCCGUUGGUUUGACGCGGUUUGUGAUCGCAAGCCACCCGGAGACGGCUAAAGAGAUGCUGAACAGCACAGCUUUCGCUAACCGCCCCGUGAACGAGACGGCCUACGAGCUACUUUUCCACAGAGCAAUGGGGUUCGCGCCGUACGGAGAGUACUGGAGGAAUCUGAGGAGGAUUUCGGCGACCCAUUUGUUCAGUCCGAAAAGAAUCGCCGGCUCCGAGGUUUUCCGACGUGAAGUGGGGAUGAAAAUGGUGGAGGAGCUGAAGCGUUUGAUGACGGAGAACGGUGAGGUUCAGGUGAAAAAGGUGCUCCAUUUUGGUUCUCUCAACAACGUUAUGAUGACAGUUUUUGGGCGAUGCUACGAGUUCGACAAGGGCGGAGAUGGGCUGGAGCUCGAGAGUCUGGUGACUGAAGGGUAUGAACUACUCGGAGUUUUUAACUGGAGCAACCAUUUUCCUUUUUUGGGUUGGUUGGAUUUGCAGGGUGUAAGGAAGAGGUGUAGAAAUUUGGUUUUGAAAGUGAAUGUUUUCGUUGGAAAGAUCAUCGAAGAGCAUCGGCUAGAGAGGGCGAAAGGUGACGACUUUGAGAAGGAAAAGGUUGGAGAUUUUGUUGAUGUUCUGCUUGACUUGGAGGAAGAUGACAAACUCAGCGAUUCUGACAUGAUUGCUGUGCUUUGGGAGAUGAUAUUUAGAGGAACAGACACGGUGGCAAUUCUGCUCGAAUGGAUCCUUGCAAGAAUGGUGUUGCACCCCGAAAUCCAGACUAAGGCUCAGUCUGAAAUCGACGCCGUGGUGGGCUCCACGAGAACCGUCCAGGGUUCGGAUAUUCCCAACCUGCCUUACCUCCAAGCCAUUGUGAAGGAGUGCCUGAGGGUGCACCCACCAGGCCCUCUCCUAUCCUGGGCUCGCAUUGCCAUCCAUGAUGUCUACGUGGGAGAUAACUUUGUACCGGCCGGAACAUCUGCCAUGGUGAACAUGUGGGCAAUCACACACGAUGAGAAGGUUUGGACUGAACCGGAGAAGUUUAGUCCGGAGCGAUUCAUGGCGGAGGAUGUGAGUAUCAUGGGGACUGAUCUGAGGCUGGCGCCUUUCGGUUCCGGGAGGAGGGUUUGUCCCGGGAAAGCAUUGGGAUUGGCCACCGUCCAGCUCUGGCUUGCUCAGUUGCUGCAGAACUUUACCUGGGUUGCAUCGGAGAAUUGUGAUGUGGACUUGUCGGAGUGUUUGAAGCUUUCGAUGGAGAUGAAGAGCCCGUUGGUCUGCAAGGUGGUUCCUAGGCUUGUUUGAUGAAGCUUUGUUUAGUUGUUAAACCGACCCCUGCGUAAUUUAAUUAGCUUGGUUAACAAGUUAGGGUAGACUAGUUUAAUUAGAGUAAAUCGUGGUUAGGUGUGCAAGGUUUGGAUAUGUUAUCUGCCGUAGCUGGGGGGCUACCAUAUGCACAAGUUUGGGCUCAUCUGUUGGGUUAAGUGCGGGUCGUUUUGGUUAAUUAAGUCGGGUUAGCGUAAUGCAUGGGCAGCUUAUUGACUGUAUAAUACAGUUUGGAAUAUAUGGUAAUCAAAGUUGAUUAACUUUGCUAAUCUUUGUAUAAUUAUGCUAUUA